AUGUAUUCUGAGCUGACACCAGGAGAGUGCUGGUAUCGGCGCUUCCUCAUUCCGCGGAAAGUGAAACUAAACUGGACACAGACGCAGCUGGAUUCCACCAUGUCUUCAGAAGAGGAUUUCUCACUGAUUUCGGAACCGACGGAGGAAACUGUCGAUGGUGUCCGGGCACUGAUCAAAAUAGAGAAGGAUAAAUGGUCCCAGCUUCAGAUCGAACACUCGGAUCUUCGCGCCUCCAUCUCUGAGAUACAGAGUCUGACUUUUCAGUUUAAAGAGCGCACAAAGGUUCUCCUGCAGCAGGUGGACCAGGCCUGGACCAGAGACCAGCACCGUGACCAGUCUGAGUCUGUAUGUGUCCAGCAGCUGAUGCUACUGCAGCUGGAGCAGGAGGAGCUGAGGCUGGAGGAGGAGCGUGUCCUGAGCGAGCUGCAGAAUGAGGAGGAGCUGUAUGAGAGGCUGAAGGAGGAGGCGCAGGUGGUGUCGGCGGCUCCAGAGCGCCCCCUGGUUUUCCGUGGUGUCACUGUGCCUGCAGACGCCCCGAUCUUCCUCAUGGAUGCGCAGGUGCACCUCCCCAUGGAGGGAGGGACAGCUCUCAUCACCUUUGAGGAGGUGGAGGUGGCUCAGAGGAUCUUGUCGAUGCACAGACACAAAGUGGAUCUGGGAGGAGAGUUCUACAUGAACGUGGAGGCGAGAGGAGUCACCAUCACCUCCCCCUGCACCGUGGAGGUCCAGGUGCAGGUGUGUCCCCACAUGGUCCUGGUCUCUGGUCUCCCUCAGAUGGACUCGCAGACUCUGCAGGACAAACUCCACAUCCACUUCUCACGGAGCAAGAACGGAGGCGGCGAAGUGGAUGAGGUCCAUCUGCAGGAGGGAGGUGGAACUGCAACCAUCAGCUUUGUCAAUGAUGAUGUCUCCAAACGUCUGACAGAUAAACAGUUUCAUGACGUGAAACUGACAGAAGGAGUUCACAGAGUCAGAGUCAGUCCCUUUCUGAGCGGUGACAUCACUCACCUACAGAGCCGCAGAGACCUGUGCCUCAGGACGGUGCUCCUCACUGGGAUCCCAGACAUAGCAGAUCCUGAGUCUCUCCAGGACCUGAUAGAGAUCCACUUCCAGAGGAGCUCCAGCGGAGGGGGGGAGGUGGAGGGCCUCCUGUAUUGUCCUGAGGGGAAGAGGCGGACCGCCCUGCUCUGCUCCAAGAAGAGGGAGUGA